GGGUGUGAUUAGUGGUGAGACCGCACACGUUUAAAGCCCAUCGAGAAUAUAAGUCAGGCAAAAAAAUCACAUUUGUUGAUGUGAUUUCGGAAUGCAUUGAUCUUAAAUUAUUACCCUCCCCUCGUCUGUCAACCAACUGUUCUUCUCCUCUCUUCUUCUAAUUCCUGUAUACCCUCGUAUCUCUCUCUCUCUCUCUCCUCACUGGCUACUGCUACGACUGCUGUUGCUACAAUUGUUUUAAUAACCACUGUUAUUCUGCUGGCAUCAUCUGCUGUGUACAUAUCGAAAUAAAUACUAACAUGUACGGGAAAAUGUUCAUUUCCAUGCUCUGUUGAUCAGGAACAUUGGAGGCGAGUUCUUCGCUGAUUCUAAUGGCUGUUUCCGGCGGUUCUUCUUCGGUGCCGUCGCUGCCACCGCCGCGACCGCCGGAGUAUCCGGCUUUGUACGGGAAACGGCGGGAGUUGGCUAAGGUCCAGAUGUUAGAGAGAGAGAUUAGUUUUCUGGAGGAGGAACUAAAGUUUGUUCACGGCCUUCAACCCGCCUCCCGGAGCUGUAAAGAGGUUGCUGAUUUCGUGGUCGCAAACUCAGAUCCUUUGAUAACUUCAAAUCGGAAGAUCCAGAGGUCCUGUCGUUUCUGGAAGUGGCUCUGUAGAGCAACCUGUUUGAACUUCUCAUGGAUAUGCUGUGUCGGCUGCAUUCCUCGGCGUGAAAGGCCACGCUGCUGCAGUUGCAAUCUACGGGGCUGCUGUUUGUGUUUUAGUUGUUUGGUGCCAAAACGUGGGUGUUGCCCUUGUCCUCGCUCAAGAUGCCUUGACAGCUUCUCAUGCAGCAGCAGUUGUUGCUUUCCGCGGUGUCCUUCAUGCCCGGAUUGCUCUUGCAGAUGUAGAUGCUCUUGUCCCAACUGUCUCAAGGCAAACCCGUGUUUCUGUUGUACCAAGAACUGUUUUCGCUGUAUGGAAAACUGUUGCUACCCUUGUUGUCUAUGUUCCUAGCAGUGGAGGUUUUCUUCUCGGUUCUCACGGUUUCAUUUUACUUCCUUUCGAGUACAGAUUCUGCAACUAUGGAGUAAUUGUGAUGUUGAUUCUGCUAUAAGGGUUGACUUGAUGAGUCGAUUUUACUACAUUUCAAUUCCUUCCUGAUACCUCCCAAGGAAAAUCUCGAAUUGGUUUUGGAAUUCA